AUGCUAUCAUUUUGGUCAUUGCUAGCCCUCUGCCAAAACUUGGAGCAAGCGACGCUGGAUUACAUCGCAGCCAACCUCGGCAUUCGCUAUGACGUCCUUGAUAACUUUCAGGAUACAUGGAAGUCAUACCGCGUCCGCAUGACCCUGGAAAAUUCAGGCUCAGAAGCGAUUCCCAAUGGACCAUGGGCCAUUUAUCUCUGCCACAUCCGGGUAAUCGAGCCAGCCCACACAAAGCACAAUCCAAGUGGGUACGUCAUCCCCGGUAGCCAUGGCAUCAAAGUAACACAUAUAAAUGGCUGUCAACACAAGUUUGAGCCUACUGCUAGUUUCUCAGGCUUGGCUGGUUUCCAGUCCUUGAUGGUGGAUUUUGACGCAGAGAACUGGAAUGUAGCUCGAACGGAUGUUAUGCCGAACUGGUAUAUCGCCGCUGAAGGAUUGCAGGCCCGCACAAUUACCAGUACUUCCGGCGAAGAUUUAUCUUUUGUCGGUCCGUUUGACUCGCCGAAAAAAUGGAAACGGAUUCCAUCUGACAAGUACGACCCAUACACACCACAGAAGCGAUACACCAUCAACGAUAUUAAUAAUUUGAAAAAGCCUGGACAGUUAAUCAUUCCCAGUCCACAGGAAAUUCUCGGCCUUGAUGAGUCGAAAAAGAUUAACCUAAGGACUGGUGACUGGUCGAUUGUGGCUGGUGCGGAUUUGAAGCAGGAGGCCAGUUUCUUAGCAGGUAGUGUAUAUGUUUUUUUACUCUAAACUUCAAGAAGUGAAAGAUGGCAAGCCACCUAAAUUGUUUACUUAAUGCUUCAUUUUAUACACCUUAAACUUCAAACUUUAAAAAAAUCACAAACUGUUUUUUAAGUCUAGUGUUAAAUGCGCAUUACCUUCUACAGGUGAACUUGGUAUUCAAAUGGAUUAUUUGAACUCGUUUCGAAAGUUGGAGUUAAAGAUGGGUGAAGUUCAAAUCGGUGGUGUAAGAUCCGAUAGCAAAGAAGCCUACAGCUUAAAGGUCGACUCCAGUAAGCACUGCAUAUCAAUCAUUGGUAAUUCACCAACAGGAGUCUUUUAUGGAAUUCAGUCCCUACUCAGCCUGAAUGAGCCCGAUGGCCUGGUACCGCACGUGGCUAUAAACGAUGCACCGCGAUACGAGUAUCGCGGUAUGGAACUUGACGUUGGGCGAAACUUUAUGCCUAAGGGCGAGGUUCUAAAGAUGAUCGACGCCAUGGCAAUGUAUAAACUAAAUAAAUUCCACUUUCAUCUCACUGACGAUGAAGGAUGGAGACUUGAAAUUCCAGGAUUGCCUGAACUUACUGAGGUUUGUGAGAAAGACCUUGCGACAUUUAGAGAGCAGAUUAUAAGACAAACUAGAGAUAGAUUUGCGAGUUGAUUUCGUAUGGAGACUCCCCAUUUCAUCCGUGAAGUAGAUCUGACAGAGUUUGCAAUGAAACAAUUUCAAAAGUUUUGCUGAACAGUUGAUAAUUUUUUUCACUUUGCUUUCAAAAUUUAACUUUAGUUUUCAUGGCAUAGUCACCUUUAAACCAUGAUCAGAAUACAUUUACAUUAGCUGAUAUGAACAUCAGUUGAAGCUGUAAUAUUUCUUUUAAAGAUUGGAUCAAGACGGUGCCAUGAUCCCCAAGAAGAAAAAUGUCUUGGAUCUCAGCUCGGUUCCGGUCCAGGUACUGGUAACUCUGGCACAGGCUUUUACACCGUGAACGACUACCGCGAGAUAUUAAAAUAUGCAGAAGAGAGGCAUGUGGAGGUCAUCCCAGAAUUUGACAUGCCUGGUCAUGGCCAUGCCGCAAUUAAGGCUAUGCAUGCCAGACAGAAGAAACAGGCUGCCAUGGGGAACUCGUUUGAAGCAGAUCAGUACCUUUUGUCAGAUCCUCUCGACACGUCAAAGUACCUUUCUGUGCAAUUCUUUACAGACAAUGCUAUCAAUCCAUGUCUGGAAUCCACGUACGAGUUCCUUGAGCACAUUGUGGUCAGUGUGAGGCACAUGCAUCAGGACAUUCAGCCACUCAAGGUAACUCUUCGGGAGAGGGGAAUAGGGGUGCUUCUUCAUACUAAAAAAACUUUACCUGUGUAAUCAUCAUAGUAGGAACCUCUUGUAAGCGACUACGCCCAAUUUUAGCGUCAACUUCACGCUGCAUUUUGUUAAACAAUUUGGGCUUCUGUAGGUAACUUCUUCACAAAAUGCUACCUUACUUCUGGGUGAGUGGGUAGUGACUUAUCGAUCACGCCCUUGUUUUGGCAAAGCGUUUAGAUUUAUGUGCCAAUAUCCCCUUAAAACCCCAAUUCUCUUAAGCGACCACCUAUCUUGAGCAGCCGCUUAUUUAAGGUUGGUAGGUAGAGUGUCUUUUCUUUAUACGUUAUCGUCACCUUUUUGGUAUCGAGGUCUUCCACUUCGGUGGCGACGAGGUGGCACAUGGCGCCUGGACACAGUCUCCCGCCUGCAAACAACUUGCCCAUAAGCUGGGGUUAAACUUUACGAGUCCCACCAUUGUAAAAGACUUGAAAGAGUACUUCGUUCGACGAGUGGCUGAUGUGAGCUCAAAAUACUGUCUUGAUCUUGGUGCUUGGGAAGACGGAGUUCUGGGAGUGAAAGACACCCCUUAUGAUCGGGCUACAUGAAGAACAGGAACGUGUACGCCUAUGCUUGGGAUAAUGUGUGGGAAUGGGGUCAAGGAGAUCGAGCUUAUAAGCUGGCCAAUGCUGAUUACAAGGCAGGAUUUGUCUCUUUUUAGCAAGAAAACCCUAAGACCCGGCAAAACGUGCGCAACAUUAUAACGCAACAUCUUGCAACAUUGUUGCGUACAACUUGUUGCAUACGUUUGGCCCCUCAUGUUGCUGAGAUGUUGGAUGGUGUUGGAUCAAGUUUGAAAAUGGUCAUAUUUUGGUUGCAACGUUCUAGAUUUUGUAAGAUGUUGCGUGCUUAUGCCCAACUUCACAACAUCUCACAAGAACAAACCACGAUCCUUUUCAACCAAGUUCCUUUUCCUACGAAUUGUCUGGGAAACAUGGUAAAAAUCGCGCGCGGGGAGGGGGGGCGGGGACGCAACCUAUGAUGAGAGGACUAGUUCUUCCGGGAGAGUGGCGAUAUUUCUUGUCACUUCACGCUCAUAUGCAAGGCAUUUUGGAAACAUCAUUUACUUUUCAAACCAAUUUUCACUUGAUCAUGCCCUUUCAUACUUAAACGUCAUAAAUUAAGAAUAAAGUUUUGAUCGCACAAAAAACGUCCUAAAUAUAUUAUUGAAGUGAGUCAAAAAGCGCUAACAUUUAAAGAAGGUCUAUGAAGGUUAUUUAAGUCUCUUAGAUCGAUUCUUCCCCUAAGUAAUACACUCAGCAUUUUGAGGUUCCCAUAUCACUAUUACUCGCCAACACCCACACCAAGUAAAAGUGUCCUGGUAUUUUUCCAUUGCAAUUAUUCAGUUAGAGUUCAUCAUUUUCCCACUCUCCAGGUUGUGUUGACCCAGGCAACCCACUUGUAUUUUGAUCACCCAUACGAGCCUGAUCCAGAGGAAAGGGGAUAUUACUGGGCUCCCAGAUUCAUUGACACUCGAAAGACAUUUGGUUUCAUGCCGGAUGAUGUUUACGCUAAUGCUGACUUUACAAGGAUGGGAGAUCCAAUUAUCAACUUGUGUGAGGAGAUGUACAAAGGAAAAUGUGUUCCCUUAAAGAAACCUCAAAAUAUAGCAGGUAAUACUCAUCUCAGUUGUGGAUCACGUGAGCUCAAACAGAUUAAACCAUAUUACGUCAUAGCAGAUCACAUACGGUCUCGUCACCCCUCAUUACGUCACAUAUUGUCUUGCUUGAGUGAAAUGAAAUCCUUCCGGUAAAUGGGGAUACUUUUAUCAUAUAGUAGGUAUAGAAAUGCGCAUUUGAAAGCUUUUUUAGGGUCAGUAAGAGUGAGAGAGAGAUAGAUGCGGUGGUCUAGUGGCUAACGUACCAGGCUCGACCAUUGGCUACUAGUUCACGCACUGGACGUGUCCUUCUUUUCUGCUCUUGGGCAAAAAAGUUUCUUCUGUCUCUGACCCGUAGUAUGCACGGCUAACAGUAAACUUUCAGAGAAAUUUCACAGUUUGCAAUGCUAAGGUGGAGGACGUUGGAAUGAGCGUUUCCCCCAGGAGGAGCAACAAUAUGACCAAUUUCUGCAGUAUUACUUCAUUCUGAGAGAGCGUUUUAAGGUCCGGCAAUAAUAAUGGAACAUCAGGCAUAAAGCCUCUUACCCUUUUAUCUGUGACGUAGUUUUAUUUCUUUUAAUUCUAUAGGCAUGGCUGGCGCGCUCUGGUCAGAGACUGUCAGAACUCCAACUCAGCUCCAGUCCAUGAUAUAUCCUAGACUGUUAGCACUGGCUGAGAGAGCCUGGCACAAGGCUUGUUUCGAGGAUGAAACUGACGUGGUGAAACGGAAUCGAGUGAGGAGGAUGGAAUGGGAAGCAUUUGCUAACAGCUUGGGACACAAGGAACUUUCACGUCUGGAUAAAAUGAACAUAGAUUAUCAUAUCCCUCCUCCUGGUGCGAGGUAAUUCUUUUGGCUUUCAGCAUUCGAAAUCUUUGAUACAAUGAAGCAUUUAACUUUAUACAUUGAGAAAAUUUUAUUUGCUCGGCAAUUCGGAAGCUCUCUUCAUUAAUUUAUUAAUUUCAAAAGGUAAGUUACAACCUCUGACUUUGAAUAUUCUCUGUCAGGGUUGCACACCAAAAAAUUGAGGUCAACUCCGCCAUCCCUGGACUUGUGAUCCAGUACAGUGCUGACGGAGGGAAAUCUUGGAGCGACGUCGGUGAUGGGAUGACAUUGUCUGGUCACCUUCUAUUGGGAACCAGGUGAUUGAGUGUUAAAGACAGAUUUAAUCCCAUUUGAAUAAAAAGCAAAAGCAAUUUUAGUCGCUGUCUACCUUUUGCCGCAUCACGGUGCCCUGAGUAAUGAUUGUCUGAGAGGUGUGGUCGAUGUGUUCAGUUCUACCAUUGGAGAAGGGAGGGGUAAAUUUCACUUCUUAAUGGUAAUUCCGCGUCAACCUGCGAGAUUUCUUGCUGUGCUGUCGUAGUCUACUGCCGUAAUUCUGCAAGGAUAGCGCUUAACCCCGACCGCUGGGAAGUCCAAACUUGAUUUGCAGAGGAAGCACAUUUUGAUGACAUGCUCAUCGUUUCUAGUUCAAACAAUUUUUUUUCAAAAUAUUGUCUGUUUUCUUAGUCUCAGGAUUGAUUCUCGUUAGUGCUCAAAAAAAGUGAGUGUGUGAUCUAAAGUAAUGAGCCUAAUCUUUUGGUUUGUUAACAGGUCAGCGGAUAUGCGGCGGAUGAGUAGGCUCGUGGAAAUUCAAACUUAGAAAGAAGCAGAACACAAGAAAGCAAUAUUAGUUUGCAAACUGAAAUCAAAAAGUGAAACGAAGGUUACAUUGAAUGAAAUAAAUUUGAAAUAAGACUGAAAGUGUCUUCAUCUUUCCUCUGCUUGGCUUAUAUCCUUCUGAGAGACUGCAAGGCUGAAGAACGAUAUGGAGUGAAUUAUAUCGGCACUUAGAGAGACUGAUUGCAUGAGGUAGUCUAACAGUACCAAAGCAAAUGCUACAUUAAUUUUGACGCAAAUAUAGGCGAAACUAAUUUACCAAGCGAAAAACCCUUGUGAAGCAACAAUGUAAAAAAGCCACAUGAAUCUGAAGAAAAGUUUUGACUUUACAGGAAAUAACUUCAUUGUGCCUCAGAAGAAGAGAAUUCCGUGUAAAACAUUGUGCUUAAUAGCCUUGCCUUGGGUAAGAACUAUGCAUGCCCGUUUCCUUACACCGUUGUUAACUCGUAAAUAGAAGACGCUAGGUCAGCGGUGAGUAGUAUGCCAAAGGCAGACUACGUCUAAAUUUCCGUCAACCUUCGUCCACAUCAUAGUCUUGCAUGAUAAUUACCCACACUCUUGCGCUUUUCAUUGAACUUAAGCCCUUUUGGCUAAGGUUGAUACUUGGAUGGGUGACCACAUUUAAUAUCCCGUGUUGCAAUAUCCAGUGACGGGCCUUCAGAAUGUCUGGUUAGGGGGCUAAUUCUGUGUCAACAGUAAAUUUAUUAUUUUCCACGUCUAACCAAACGAGCAACUCAUCUCAUUUCAACGCCUCCAGGCAUGUUGUUCUUGUCAAGUAACUUGGUUCUGACAUCCUCAUGGCACGCCAUUACAGCGUUCGCGCAUGCGCAAACGUUUAACCGCUGUUUUCCAUCGACCAUGUCGCACUUCAACUUAGCUCUGGAGCCUGAAAAAGGUCUUUACUUGACUAGAAUCACUGACCCGGAAAUUAUACACCCUGCAACAAAAACAAUAAAUGUAUUGACGCUGAGGCAAACAAAUCCACCAUGAAAGGUUUGAAUAUAAAUGUAUAAGUACAGAUAUGAUUUUGACGUUAACCAUAGCUGGCACAAUUAUUUCGGUAAUUACUGAUCUCCUUUGUUUAUGAGAUAUAAAGCAAGGGAAGAAAACAUAGGGAAACAACCUACUAAAGAUUCAUCAAUUUUAGAGUCUUCUAUAUCCGAGGUUGUUACCUCGAAGGAAUCUUGCUGUAGAUCCAUCCAUUUUAUACACCGAGGAAUUUAAUCGAAAGAUCAAGGAAAAAAUCUCAAAGGAGCUCUGAUCUCGAGAGAUUGUGUGCCGGGAGGCAAAAAUUCGAGGUUACUGCCGUUCAAGAACGGUCUGACAUCGCGCUGUGGAGCAGAUAACGGGAGAAACCAUCGCGAAUAAAACUGCCUCUGAAAACAGUUUUCAAAAUCUGAUGUCGGAACUCAGUUGCAUCAUGUUCACAACGAAGCUUAGGAAAUGGCUUUUUUUUAUUCCUGGCAUGUUCUCAUAUUUUAUUUUAACACCAGGUUAGUAGAGAUUCCCUACAUUAUCCUGACAGUAUUUCUUUCUGUUCUUGCUUGUAUAACAGUUUUUUUUCCCUCUUAUAUUUAACAAACAUUACCUGUAGAGGUCAGUCUUUCGCUGCUGUUUGACUUCUAACAAUUUAAAAAUGGCAUCAUUCGUUUACCGAAGUGAAUCUUUGCCGUCUUGGGAUAGUUUCCUCAUAAGUCUUCAAGGACUAAAGCAUGAAUUCAGCCCUACCGUUUUGCCUUUUCCGUUGACCUCUAGGACCUCCAUUAAUAUGCUUAGUUAUCACUGCCAUGUUUGCACUUACACUUUGCACGGGCUGGUUGGGUUUGCAGGUUCUCAUCGAAACACACGCCCCCUUAGAAUAUCUCAGUAUUUUCGUUUGAAAUAGCGGGCUACCCGGUAGACAAGAUCGGAGGCGUUUUCGGACUGGAAUCUCGGAAGCCAGACUGUAGAAAAUCCCAAAGAAACACUUUGAAGCUCUUACUGGGAUGGACUCGAACGGUUGCAUCUACAUCCAGUCCUGUAGCACCUGUUGAAUAACAACAGGUCCGCAUUUGACGCUUGGUUAACUUUUUCUCGGUUGAUAUUAGUAUUAUUGACCAACACAAAUCAAUGUGUGGACCAAAUAUUAACGAAUGCUGAGAUAAUAGUCAAAAGUUGAUCGAGUGUUCAAAAAAGGGAGCGUUAGAUUUCGUAAAAGAUUUUUUUCUAUAAUUAUCUCACGUAUAAGAUCUUGCAUGGCCAGCUCAGUGCCUUUGUUUUUUAAUUUGUAUGGUUUCUAGAGAAGCUUCGUCACAGUUACUAUACCUUAUAAAGUGAAGCCUUCACGGUUUCUCUAUUUCACCAGUUACAAUUUGUGGCAAGUUUUUCAAUCCUUUGCCAUAUUUGUUCCUCUUUGGGUGGUUUAUCUCUGGAUCUUUUUUAGUUCCAAUCAAGUUGAAAAUUGAGUAAUUUAGUGUUAAGAACUGAGUUGAUAACGUAAAUUGGCCACCCUAAAGAGUUUGAAAGCUGGCGUUUCGAGCGCUAGCCCUUCGUCAGAGCGAUCGGCCAAGGGCUAACGCUUGAAACAUCAGCUUUAAACUCUUUACGGUGACCAAUUUAAGUUAUCAACUCAGUUGAUAAUACUUAUUACUCUGUUAUACUCUCCCACCGAUGCAGCACCAUUUUCUUUAGAAACUUACCCCCUUUAUUCAAGUUGAAAAUAGUUUGACGCUAAGUUGAAAGUAUCACUUGGCAAGUGUUGCUUAAAAUUGCUGGAAAGAAUAUUAAAAAGUAUCAUUCAAUAAUAGUUUCUUUAUUGCGAUAGGAUGGCAACUUCUGGAGCUGCUCAACGAAGCGCAGCAGUUUCACUAUUUUUAAAGCACAGUGGAAAGCCUUUUGUAGUCAGUGAAAAGGAUUUCCGACACUUUAAGGAAGCGUAGUUAUGUAACGUUCAGUGUUUGAGACUGUUACACAGAAUUAUAGCAGGUGUCGUGAGUAGUCUGCAAAAAAAUUCUGUAUGGCGCCUCGGCUUAGUCGAAAGUUUGGCAACACUCCUAAACCGUUUUCUGCUUUCAACUGGGAAUCACUCAGGGGAGAACACUAGUUGUCUCACAUUUGUUAGAGACCUUGGUUAGCUUACCAGUGGAAAUGAAUUUUCCAGUUACUUUCAAGUUACUUUUAUAUUCUGCAGUAAUUUGCCCGGCAGUGGAUCAAGCGUAUUUAGACGACAUAGCGUCCUGUCUGGAUAUCCAAUUCGACGUUCUCUCCAAUAAGGCAGGAGCAUGUCACAUUCGCCUGAAAUUUACCAAUAAAGGCAGGCAUAACAUCACUUCUGGAAAUUGGGCAAUAUACUUUAGCUGUCUUAGAAUACUGAGCAACAGAGCAGAUCCUCUUGUAAUGAGCCGAAAGGAGAUUUCUGUCUCACACGUCAAUGGGUAUCUGCAAGUGAUAAAACCUACUAAAACCUUUUUGGACUUGGUUCCUAGUGGGAAAAAAAAGCUCGAUCUCACCGCAUUUGGUUCAAUAGUUGCCAAGACAGACGUCAUGCCCAACUGGUACAUUACUGCGCCUGGUUUACAGCCAAGAAUUAUUAAAAGCACAAAGGGAGAAAGUUUAAAAUUUGUUGGUAGUUUUGAUUCAGCUUUGAAAUGGAAACGUUCGGAACUGGACAACUUUAAUCCCUUCACUCCAGAGAAACGCUUUGAUAUGAACAACGUAGUUGAUCUGAAAGGGCCCGGUAAGCUCAUUUUACCUACCCCUGUGGUUUUAAAGAAUGGAAGUUCUUUCAAAAUGAUGGAUUUAAAAGAUGGAAAAUGGAUGGUAAUUUCACAAAAAGGUUUGGAAGAUGAAGGUCAAUAUCUGUCAGGUAUGUUCAGUUCAAGAUGAUCUGAGUGAAAAUUUUUAAGGGUGGGGGCAUGAGGUGAAGGACCAUUGUCACUGAAGAUAUUCAGUUCGCAUUGACACUAAAGCGCAAUCUUUGUAUACCUAUUUUUGCAUGGACAAGCCAAAAUUCACACUAACUUGAUAAAAAAAUUACCAAAGACCCCUUGAAAUCAUGAAUUAAGUUAACAAAGUGGAAUAAGGGAGUAAGAGUAAGGGCGACCAGUUGCCAAAAGCUGUUUAUUCAUUUCUUGCAAAUUGAUUGGAUCUCAAAUAAAUUGUCUAUCGUUGCUAUUAUAAGCAGCUCCUUACCAUGAAGACUUUCUCCACAGAGAAGCUCAAGAUGCAACUCAGCGAUGGUGGGGCACCAUCACGUAAAUUCAUUGAGCUCAGGAUUGGCAAGGUAACGAUUGAUACAAAGUAUGAAAAAAGAGACAGUGAUGAAUCUUACACCAUGAAGGUUGACCCACGCAAAGAAGUAGUCUCAAUCGUUGGUGCAUCUCCUGCGGGAGUGUUCUGGGCGAUUCAGUCGCUCCUGAGUAUCAUUAGGAACGGAAAGAUUCCCUGGGUCACGGUUAAAGAUGCUCCAAGAUAUGAGUAUCGAGGCUUGAGCAUAGAUGUUGCUCGAAAUUUUCUUCCUACGAAAGAGGUGAAGCGGAUCCUCGAUGGAAUGGCAAUGUUCAAACUGAACAAGCUUCAUCUUCACCUGACCGAUGACGAAGGGUGGCGUCUGGAGAUUCCUGGAUUACCUGAACUUACAGAAGUAGGUCUAAAGGGGAAUGAUGAAUUCGAGAAAAAGAAAGUCGAAUAGAGAGCUACUAAGACGCGCAGAUCAGUAUAUAUGUGGAUAGGUGAAUAGGUAUUGUGCAUUGACAAUUGCAUAAAUCGAAUAGAUAUUUAGAAAAGGGCGGGCCUGGAGAUAUGCAGACGAGGUCAAGAGGAAAACAAAAUGCGAGGUGUUUCUGAGAACACUCUGUUUAAAGGAAUCUCCUUCUGGCCAGACCUUGGAGUAGAUAGUAAAAACUUCCCAUGUUACCUUUAGUGAAGGUAACAGAUACAACAGGGACCAGAGUUUCCCAUGUCACAGGUGCUUACUAAGUUGAGGAAUCAUUAAAAGUAGUUUCCCGCUAGUACUAAUUUAGAGAGAGCAAUGAGGAUAUGGGAGUUGAGGACGGAUUAUUUUUCUAUUUAUUAUUAAUCAUAUGGAGAUAUCGUCAACUUAGGUUAUAUAAUCUGAUUACUCACAUUCCUGGGUUUCAGUCGUUAACUACUAGCUGUCUAGUUUCGAAAUAAUCUAUUCAUAGAAAAAGCUUAAGAGUUUAAAACUUGAAAGUUGGAUGUUGAGCCAUUCAUUCCCUACAUUCUUUCAUAAACCACCAGGUUGCGUCACAGAGAUGUUAUGAUCUGAAAGAAACUCACUGCCUUAAACCUCAAUUAGGAUCAGGUCCCUUCAGAAACACUUCUGGUAGUGGUUACUACAGCGUAGAGGAUUACAAAGGGAUCUUAAAAUAUGCAAAUGCUCGACAUAUUCAAAUCAUUCCCGAAUUUGACCUUCCUGGUCAUUCCACUGCCGCUAUCACUGCUAUGGAAGCUCGAUACAAGAAAUAUCUAAAUGAAGGCAAAUUUAAAGAAGGGCUGAGGUUUUACUUGAAUGAUCUGAAGGAUAGAUCAAGUUAUCAAUCUGGGCAGUUCUUUUUCAACAAUGCUGUAAAUCCAUGUAUAGCGGCAACAUAUGAUUUCGUGGAAAAGUUGGUUCUUGAGGUCAAGGCCAUGCAUGAAGGGGUUCAGCCACUCAAAGUUAUCCAUCUUGGAGGGGACGAGGUUCCCGUGGGAGCAUGGAAUCUGUCUACUGCCUGCCAAAGGCUGUCAGAGAAGUUUAAGUCGAGGUCUACCCAUCUGGAUUGGAGAGCCUUUUUCACCAAACGGGUCGCUCGAAUCGCUAAGAAAUACGGUGUCAAACUAAUGCUGUGGGACGAUGGAUGGGUAGAUCGUUCAAAAACCCAUAUAGUGAAAACGAAAUUGGAAAGUGGCUCAAGUUAUGGCCAUGCCUGGGGAGACACUGUUAAUCUUGGUUACAGAUUAGCCAAUGAAGGGUACAAGGUUUGUUAAAAAUCUUUUAAAAGAGGACAUGCGAUAUGGUAAUUGUAUUAUUAAUAGUGAAAAUCGACUGACCAUACACAGUGUAGUACGAUAUCAACCUAGUUACUAGUCCUUAAAGAAAAGAUUAAACGAUCUAUGAGACAAGAAAAAGGGAUCAAAAUUGGAGCAAAAAUUGAUUAUGGUGGACAAUCAUGCGAGGAUUUCACUGACUUCUCCAAACUUCCGACACAACAUAGAUAGGUAUCACUGCCCGGCCCCUCAAUAAAUCAAUACUUUAUAGUCUCAUCUUUUCAAUUCAGGUGGUAAUGUCUCCAGCGUCUCACCUUUAUUUUGAUCACGCGCACGAACCGGACCCGGAAGAGAGAGGAUUGUAUUGGGCCACACGGUACACAAACACUCGCAAGGCAUUCGGAUUUAUGCCUGAACAUUUGUAUGACAGUUUUGAAAUAGAUGACAGAGGAGAACCAAGUGGCGAUUACUGUAGCAUAUUUGGAGGUUGUGUAAAACCACAAAAACUUGAAAACAUUAUCGGUGAGUGUUCUUUCAUUUUUAUUUACACGUUGAUGACAGUGUGGAAGAUAUAAUUACUCUUCAAAAUUUUUUCAGCUCCUCUGUUGGGUGCUCGCCAGCCACACUGGUCCCAAGAUUUUCCACUAAGUUAUCCUUCACUGAAACGAUUUUUGACACUUUUUUGCUUAAAUCAAGCCAUCUCUGAGAUAGAUCGCAGAUUGGGCACGAGGCAUUUUGAAUAUCAAUAUCGUCUACACCACCCCGUUAUUCCGUGAGACCACAACUGCAGCACUAGUCCCCAAAACCAAAACAAGCAUGAAUUAUUGAUUAACCAAUAAUUACCUCCUGCGCCUUAAAAAAAUCCACCGUGCAGUUAUGUAAAAUAGCUAACGAAGCAGGUUUCAACUCAAUAUCGAAAGUGAUCCGCGAUUGCAUUGUUUGCUUAACUAUGUCAGUCUCUGAUUUGUCAAGACUCGCCCGCCUCUAAGCUAUGAGUUACAUGCAAAACUUACGCUCGCUUACCCUCGCCUUUUACCAACUUAACUUUCAGUUCUGACUGCCCAUUGUGGUUAAUUUAUUUUAGGCAUAAAGGCACGCAAUCAAUGCUACUCUCUUUUUCAUGUCCUAUACAGGAUUAGCUGGGGUCAUCUGGUCAGAGACAAUACGGACCCCCUCUCAGUUUCAAUCCAUGACGUUUCCAAGACUUCUCGCUGUCGCCGAAAGAGCGUGGCAUCAAGAUCUGUGGGAAAAUGAAAGAAAUAAAGUGAAACGAAACAAAAUGAAGAAUAAAAGCUGGGCUAUGUUUGCGAACACUCUUGGCUAUAAAGAACUUGCUCGUUUGGACGAGCUGGGUAUUGCUUAUCGCAUUCCUCCUCCGGGGGCCAGGUAUCAGUUUCCCUUCUCAUUUAAACACAUUUAAGCAAGAGAAUUAAGAUUAGGCUGAGAGUUAAUCUCCAACGAAGGCUUGAGUCUGAGAAAAAUCCUUUUUCAAAUAAGUUGCGAUCAGUCUCCACAGGAAGUAGAAAUCACUAUACUCGAGUGUCACGAAUUUAUUUGAAAAACAAACACGUUAUUAAACCCAUGCGGUCCCUCUUUAUUCUGAAGAUUACCUGCAAGAAACACGGGCACAUGUAACACUAUUCCUGGGAGCUUAGAUAUUUCGACUAAAAAAAAUAGCUGGAAGAGAUUCCCUUGGGAAGAAGGCCCUUAUCGAGGACUUUGUCUGUCUGCUUGAUCCGUUUUUUGUUAAAAAGAUUACUGAAGCGAAAUGUGACACGUGGGAGAAAAAAUAGAUCGACUAUUGAUUCUUUUUAUAAGUCACUCACUGCAUAAUGCUUUGUGGCAAACCACUUCACCCUUACAAAGUCUCUCCCAAAGUGAUGACUAAGUACCAAAACGAGAUCAGGGCCGAUGAUCGUAGAAAAAUUCAUUAGAAUGGACUGGCAUUUUUUCGAAAUGUUUAACAAUUCACUUGUUCACAUAGGAUCGACAAUGGUGUUCUCUCUACCAAUGUGGCUUUUCCCGGACUCUCUGUUGAAUGUAGCAUUGACUGCGGGAGACGUUGGUUUAACCCUUCCAAGCAAUCUGUUAUAAGUGGUACACUGCUUCUCCGAACCAGGUGA